AUUCUUUCCUAAAUCUACCAAAUUUUUGAGCUUAUCUUAUUGUAUAAAACAAAAUACAGUCACUGUAGUGUCUGAAACACAAGGUGGAGUCGCACUCAACUCAACUCGCCGGAAAACCCAGCUGAACUAAGUCCUCGGCGGCCAGAAACAGUCCGGCAGUCGUCCAGUAGAAUUGGGAAGAAAGGUGGUUUUUUUAUGGCCAUUGCAUUUAAAUCAUCUUGCUUCUUGCAAUUGAACAAACCCGAGAACAGUUUCCGGGUCAGUUUUUCCUCCAAGAAAACUAUAGUUUCAGUUAAAAGAAUCACUCCGGUCGCUGCUAUCAAGACCAUGGAAACAGUUGGACUCUCAGAAACAUUCAAAAGGCUGAAGGAACAAGGAAAAGUGGCUUUAAUCCCAUACGUCACAGCUGGUGAUCCCGAUCUUUCAACCACAGCAGAAGCACUCAAGGUGCUUGAUUCAUGUGGAUGUGACAUUAUUGAGCUCGGUGUUCCUUACUCUGAUCCUUUGGCAGAUGGACCUGUUAUCCAGGCUGCUGCUACGCGAGCUUUAGCAAGGGGGACUAAUUUUGAUUCAAUUAUUGCUAUGUUGAAGGAGGUUAUUCCGCAUUUAUCUACUCCGAUUGCACUGUUUACAUAUUACAACCCUAUACUUAAGCGUGGUACGGGGAAAUUUAUGGCCACUGUAAGAGACACCGGUGUACAUGGGCUUGUAGUCCCCGAUGUUCCUCUGGAGGAGACAAAAAUGUUAAGGGAAGAAGCUAAGAAGAAUGGAAUUGAACUGGUACUUCUCACAACACCCACCACUCCAGCAAACCGAAUGAAAGCCAUUGUUGACGCUGCAGAAGGAUUUGUGUAUCUUGUGAGCUCCGUGGGGGUGACUGGAGCCCGAGCGUCAGUUAGUGCUAAAGUUCAGGCCCUUCUGCGGGACAUCAAAGAGGCAACAACAAAGCCCGUGGCAGUUGGUUUUGGAAUAUCAACACCUGAACAUGUGAAGCAGUUAGCGGGAUGGGGAGCUGAUGGCGUGAUUGUUGGCAGUGCUAUUGUGAAGGUGCUCGGCGAUGCCAAAUCUCCCCAAGAAGGAUUGAAAGAACUGGAAAUUUUCACCCGCUCCUUAAAAUCAGCACUUGAUUGAAAUUAUGUCUGGAUGAGCACAGACUUGUAGUAUUUUUGUUGAUCCAUUCUAGUAGUUGUUGUCUUCAUAGAUAAUGGAUUGAAUAAGGAUCUGUUCUUUUUUAUUCCUAUAUACAGUUUUGACAAACUAUAUAAUAACUAGAUAUGCGGGGAGAAUUUAUGAUUUUAGUUUAAGUUGGAACGAGUUUAAGAUGUUUAGCAAGUGGUGUUUUGCUAGGGUUAUAUAUCAAUGAUUUGUUAGAAAAACUUGCAAAGAUGAGUUAAUACAGUGAUGAUAAAUGACAUAAAAUAUUGACCAA